AUGAAUGGGUUUCGCGUCCUAGUUGCAAACGUUAGCGCAGGAAGGGGGGAAGAAGGGACCGGAGGGGCCGGAGGGGCCAGAGGUGGAAGGAGAAGCGACUCCUUCGGUAAAAGGAGUGGGAGCCGGCAGGGAGUUCGAAGCGCGAAGCUUCCUACUGUACGGGUGAUUAACCAAAACAGGAUCAACACCAAUGUCCUCUACAGCCAACCAAUGGAUCCUAUUCGUUCUCCAUUCAGAGGAACUCCUCCUUUCCAUUCGCUCCCAAGCGUACGGCUGCCAGGAUCUCAGCCAUAUGUUCCCAAACUUAUGGACACAGCUGUGGGCAGAGCAGGACAGGCAGUCCAAGGCAAUUCAUUGGGGAGGUCAAAGGAAACAAGCCUGCAAUAUGAGCAGUUGCAACAGGAGUCUGUCGGUUUGCCAUCGAUGUUCCGUGGGCUGGGGUUUGAGACAGCAGCCCGCCCUGCUCUGAGAAGAGACAUGACCCCCUUUGGUAGAGGCAUUUUAGGCCGAGGCUUGAGUUUUGAUAUGGCAUCUAAAAGCCAAGAAGAGCUUCUGAAUCAACCAACUCUCCCAGGCCCUUUGGUAUUGGCAGCUGGGGACAGCAAGAUGUCAUCAGUCUCCCUUGGUUGGAAUAGGACACUUGGAAGAGGGAACUUGGAGGCUCCUUUGGGAAGACCAACUGUUGGCCUAGGCAGAGCGAUAUGUAAAGCACCAAGUGAGUUAUCAUCUCCAGAUACUCCAUUGUUAUCAUCAUCAUCACUGCCAUCACCCAAAUCCUCAUUCCCCCUCUAUCAAGAUCACCCUUCAGAUAGUCCUGUUGAACAGAUGGAGAAAAAAGAGCCCCUUGUGAAACAAGGAUCAAAAGGGAUCCCCCAACCUUUGGGAUUGAACCUCGUCAAAAUACACUGUCAGAAUGAAGCUGUGUAUCAGUAUCAUGUGACUUUCAGCCCCAAUGUGGAAUGCAAGAGUAUGAGGUUUGGCAUGUUGAAGGACCAUCGAUCUGUCACUGGAGAUGUCACUGCUUUUGAUGGAGCCAUCCUCUAUCUGCCCAUUAGACUUCAGCAAGCUGUUGAGUUGAAGAGUCAGAGGAAGACUGAUGGUACUGAGAUCACCAUCAAAAUUCAAAUGACCAAGAUCUUGGAACCCAGCUCUGACUUGUGUAUUCCUUUCUACAAUGUUGUUUUUCGGCGGGUAAUGAAACUUUUAGAUAUGAAACUUGUGGGAAGGAAUUUCUAUGAUCCUUCGAGUGCUAUGAUACUACAACAUCACAGGUUGCAAAUCUGGCCAGGCUAUGCAGCUAGCAUCAGACGGACAGAUGGAGGACUAUUCCUGCUGGCUGAUAUCUCUCACAAAGUCAUUCGAAAUGACUCAGUGUUGGAUGUCAUGCAUGCCAUAUAUCAGCAGAGCAGUGAAAACUUCCAAGAUGAGUGUACCAAGAUGCUAGUUGGCAACAUUGUUAUAACCCGAUACAACAAUCGUACCUAUCGUAUUGAUGAUAUUGACUGGAAUAAGACUCCAAAAGAUAGUUUCGUAAUGUCUGAUGGGAAGGAGAUUACAUUCUUGGAAUACUACAGCAAAAACUAUGGAGUCGCAGUCAAAGAGGAGGACCAGCCACUUCUGAUCCACAGGCCCAGUGAGAGGCAGAAUAACCAAGGGAGGCUUUUAAAAGGAGAGAUCUUACUACUUCCAGAGCUAUCCUUCAUGACCGGGAUUCCAGAAAAAAUGAAGAAAGACUUUAGAGCCAUGAAGGAUUUAACCCAACAGAUCAACCUAAGCCCUAAACAGCACCACACUGCCCUGGGAAACCUUCUGCAGAAAAUUUCGAAGAAUGAGAUGGCCAACAAUGAAAUGAUACGAUGGGGGCUCUGUCUGGAUACAGAUGUGCAUAAGAUUUCAGGGCGUGUUCUACCGAUGGAAAGAAUAAACUUGAGAAAUAGUUCAUUCAUCACAUCUCAGGACUUAAACUGGACUAAGGAAGUAACCCGAGAAGCUUCCAUUUUGACAGUUCCUAUGCAUUUCUGGGCACUGUUUUACCCAAAGAGAGCUGUUGACCAAGCCCGAGAGUUGGUUGGUAUGUUGGAGAAGAUAGCUGGCCCCAUUGGUAUGCAAAUGAGCCCACCUGCCUGGAUUGAACUAAAGGAUGACCGGAUAGAGACCUACAUUAGAACCAUUAAAUCCAUGCUGGGAGUUGAGGGAAAAGUUCAGAUGGUGGUUUGCAUCAUCACAGGGACACGAGAUGAUCUGUAUGGGGCCAUCAAGAAGCUGUGCUGUGUGCAGUCUCCAGUGCCCUCACAAGUAAUCAAUGCCCGAACUGUUGCACAGCCCACCAAGCUAUGGAGUGUAGCCCAAAAAAUUUUGCUACAGAUUAACUGUAAAUUAGGUGGAGAACUUUGGGGAGUGGACAUUCCAUUGAAACAACUGAUGGUGAUCGGGAUGGAUGUUUACCAUGACCCCAGCAGGGGGAUGCGUUCUGUGGUUGGCUUUGUUGCAAGCAUCAGUCUCUCUCUCACCAAAUGGUAUUCCCGAGUGGUGUUCCAGAUGCCUCAUCAGGAGAUUGUGGACAGCCUAAAACUGUGCCUGGUGGGUUCCUUAAAGAAGUAUUACGAGGUAAACCACUGCCUGCCGGAGAAAAUUGUGGUGUACAGAGAUGGAGUAUCAGAUGGCCAGCUGAAGACGGUCACUAGCUAUGAGAUCCCUCAGUUACAGAAGUGCUUUGAAGCUUUUGAAAACUACCAACCAAAGAUGGUGGUGUUUGUGGUACAGAAAAAAAUUAGCACUAACCUGUAUUCAGCUGCUACAGAUAAUUUUGUGACUCCCUCCCCAGGUACUGUAGUGGACCACACCAUCACAAGCAGGGAGUGGGUGGAUUUCUACCUACUUGCCCAUCAUGUGCGGCAGGGCUGUGGCAUUCCUACACAUUAUGUAUGCGUUCUCAACACUGCAAACCUGAGCCCUGAUCAUAUGCAGAGGUUAACAUUCAAGCUUUGCCACAUGUACUGGAAUUGGCCUGGCACCAUCAGAGUCCCAGCUCCCUGCAAGUAUGCCCACAAGCUAGCUUUCCUGUCUGGACAAGUCUUACAUCAUGAACCAGCCAUCCAGUUGUGUGAGAAACUCUUCUUCCUGUAACCCAAAGUGGCAGCAAGCAAGUUGAGAAAAGGGAAAAAUGAGUUUUCUGGAUUUGUAUAGAAACCUGAGCUAUGACUUCUCCAGGAUCAACAGAGACAAAAGGUGGCAUUUUUGAGUUGCUGUUUUUCCCUUCCUCAACCCAGUAAUAUUUAUUUUAUUUUAUUUUUUCAACUGCUACUACCAAGAAAACCGUAAGUCAUUUCAGCCCUAUGUGACUUGAAAAUUACCAUUCCACAUUUGGGAAGGAGAUAAAACAUUGCCACUUUUGGAGGUCUGGGAAAAGUUAAAAAAAAAAAAACUUUUAAGAGCCUCCAAGCCAGAAAGAAC